AUGCGCCUCCCGUAUGUCGCCGACCCGCCACCAACGGACACACCCGAGGAGGCCGAGAUUCUGGCCAGGGUCCAAGCCAGACGUGCACCCAAUGGCCUCCUCCCCCUAGACCGGGCCCUUCUGCAUUCAUUCCCCGUGGCAAACGGGUGGAACUCAUUUCUCGGCGCAAUUCGCCAAAGGACCAGCCUCAGCGAUGUGAUCCGUGAACUUGUCAUCUCCCGCGUGGCAAUCCUCAAUGGCGCCCUGUUUGAGUGGGAGCAGCAUUCGCCUUUGCUAUCACAGGCUGGGUUGAGUGAUACAGCGCUCCAAGUUGUCGGCGAUGUUGAUGCUGAUAUUGAUGCAAAGGUGGCGGAAGGAGUGUUUAGCGCUGCCGAAGGCGCUGUUUUGCGGUAUACCGAUGCCGUUACAAAGACUGUUACUGUGCCGGAAGUGAUUUUCGCCGCUGUUAAGGAGCGCUUUAGUGAUAGAGAGGUUGUCGAAAUUACUGCGACUGCUGCUGCUUAUAAUUGUGUCAGUCGGUUUUUGGUUGCGUUGGAUGUUGGAGAGAAGAAUAUGUGA